AUGUCAACAUCUCCUCAACUCUCCAGCUCAACAAGCGCUACCAGCGCCUCACCCAGCAUGCGGACCGGAGACGGGCCCAUGACAUUCGACCCACGCGCAGACCUCGCGCAACAGCUUCGGCCCUCGAACGAGACUGGUCGAUACACUACUUCCAGCUCAAGGACCUCUUGGACUCUUUCAUCCUCGCCGCCCAAGAAGAACCCGACCGAGACGCGCAAGGCGCUCAGUGUCUCCCCGCCUUCUUACGAUGAUGCCACGGCGAGCACAGGCAAAGUGGAGCGCCGCGACGACAAUGACAACGAUGAUGCUGUCCUUCAAGAUCUGAUGGGCAAGUACGGCAUGGGCACCACGAUGAUGUGCCCCAAGGUGCCCGACUUUGAGGAUGCGCACAAGGACAAGCAGAAGAAGGGCAAUACCACGCCCAAGGCCAACUCCAAGUCUCAGAACCGAGAAGUCGACCCAGACGACGCUGCUCUCCAGGCUUCGAUGGGCAAGUACGGCAUGGGAACGAGCAUGAUGUGCCCUGUCUUGCCCAACUUCGAGGCCAAAGCGAAGGACAAGGGCAAGGAAAAGACCAAGCCCAAUCGCACCUCGUCCAGCUCAUCUUCCGUAUCUGGCUCUUCAAGCUCUUCUCGCUCGAGCGUGCGAUCCAACCUCUCUGCAGCUUGGAAGCGCGUCAAGGAAUACUCGCCUCCUCAGACUUCCCUCGAGUACCUGGCCAACAAGGGGUGA